GCUCCUCUUUCAUCUCCGGCAACACACCAAAGCUUAGAGUCGCCGCUUUCACCUCCGGCAGCACACCAAAGCCCACUUUGCCAAGCAAGCUACCUUAUCUAGGAAGUGGUACUGGCUGAUCUAUCCACCAAGGAAGGCGAGAUGGUUCCGACCUGUGACCCUGCACUCGGCUCCGUCUGCACCUUCUUCCUGCCGAAGAUCUGGUCAGCGAUUUGGCAAAAGGAAAAGCUUGAUAUUGAAGUCCAAUCCUUGAAGGCCGAGCUUCGGCAUGUACUAGGAAUUAUUCAGGACUGUCGUUUGAGGGGCAGCGAUCCGGGGGGAACCCUGAAUAUUGCAAAGCUCAGACAAAUGGCAAAUGAAAUAGAAGACUGCAUACAAAGCUGCCAGAUCGCGAAGACUCUGAAGACGCGCGCAGACCUUAUUAGAAUGAUUCCUAACCUCAAGGAAAGAUCAAAAGAACUGGGAGAAAAUUAUAAGGCCCAGCAGAAAUCAGUACCACCAUCCACGAGAGAGGAAUCAACGACCUCAAGACAUCAAGGAAGUUCUGGAGGUUCCGGAGCUUCUGGACAUGGACAAUCAUUGCCUGGAGGUGACUCUGGAGUUGUAGAGCCAUCCUGUACUGAUCCCGUGGACAUGGAUGGUCGAAUCAAAGAGCUUCUGGAGCUGGUGAAGAGAUCUGCUAGUGAAACGAAAAGUAAUCAGCUCAAGGUGAUCUCCAUCUCUGGAUUCUGUGGCAUAGGUAAGACUCUUCUUGCCGAUCAAGUUUAUUUCCACAAAGAUUGCGCGCAGCCGCAGUUCGCUGUGCGUGCUCGGGUCUUUGCUGCCGGAAAGAGCCAUGACGAGGUCCUCGAAGAGAUACUUGAGCAAGUACUCAGCACUAGUGAGAAUGAUGGAGAGAUACGACCACAACACAAUGGCAAACUUAGUCAUGGUCGAGCCCCACAAUCCAAAAUUCCACACCCAAGGAAUAAAAGUGUGAAUGACAAGGGCAAGAAGAAAGUUCGGACUUCUUCACACUGGCAAAAUGGCGAGCUUGAUCACGGUCGAGCCACACAGUGUGUUAUUGAACGUCUCAGAUCACACCUGAAGAAUAAAAGGUUCCUGAUCCUAAUUGUGGAUAUUCAGAUAUGGACUGACAUAGCAUCUGUUUUAGAGGGAGUCGGUGAAAUGCACAGUAGGGUUAUCGUCACAACAACCAUUCAGAGCAUAGCAACAAAAUGGGCAUCUCCAAAGAACCACCUGUAUAAAAUGAGUACACUUAAUGAAGUCUACUCGGCAGUGCUGUUCUUCAAGAAAUUCAAAGGAAAAGAAUACAAAGGGCUGCAUAAGGAUGAAUUACAUUCAUCAAAGUUACUCUUGGAAAAAUGUGAAGGUCUUCCUCUUGCUCUUAUCAGCACAGCAAAAUUUUUGAGUGGUCGUAUCCUGGACAAUAAAGCAUGUUCAGAAGCCUGGAAGAGGCUUUGUGGUACAGAAAAUGAAGAAACAAGCAUGUUACAGAAGAUGCAACUUGUGCUAGCCAAUACCUGCGCUGGUCUUUCUGGUACUAAUAUGACUCCUGCCCUCAUGGAUUGCUUGUUCUAUUUCAGCAUGUUCCCACCAAACCAUCAGGUCAGGAAAAAUUCUCUAGUGAGGCGAUUGCUGGCUGAAGGAAUGGAACAAAAUGAUGCAGGAGAGAAAAUUAAUGUGGAGGAGCUCAUCCAUCGACUGAUCGAUCGAAGUAUCAUUCAGUCCAUGGAAGUGAGCACGGGGGGAGAUGUUAAGAGAUGCAAAGCUUCUAGCCUAAUGUACGAGUACAUUUUCCACAGGUCUAUGUCCGAGGAAUUCAUGGCGGUGUUCUCUGACUUGAUGGACAAUGGCUUUAAUGAAAAGGGGUAUGUCCGCCGACUUUCUAUCCAUGCUACAGAAACUGGGAUUGGGCAAGCAAAAUUGCCUGAUGAUUUAUCCCAUCUCCAUACUCUAGCGGUAUUCGACACUAAGAAACCAGAAGCUACGAGGGAUCUUGCCAAUCAUUUGUUUGGGGGGAAAGGGAUUCUUGCCAAGCAUAAAGUACUUCGGGUUUUGGAUUUGAAAGAAUGUGCUGGUCUUGAUGAAAAACAUCUUCAAACCAUAUGCAACCUGUUGUUGCUGAAAUAUCUGAGCCUCGGGGACAGUAUUGUUCGGGUUCCAAGGAAAAUAGCACAGCUUAAACUGUUGGAAACACUCGACCUAAGUAGAACCAAAGUAGUGACAGUGUACAUAGAAGUCUUUGGGCUCCCCAAAUUAACACAUCUUCUUGGGAAGGUUCGACUCUCUGCAAGGGACUCUGUAUUCGGAGUGGAAAAGUGGAAAAGGUUCUUGGCCAAUAAAUGUAAGUUGGACACCCUUGCAGGAUUCAUCACCGGCAGGAGUGAAGCAUUACCGCAACUGAUAGGUCAUAUGCGGAAACUGAAUAAGGUGAAAAUAUGGAUCCAUUCCACCGCUGAUAGGAGAAACUUGGAACAUCUAACAGAAGGCAUCAAGGAAUUCGUCAGAAAGGACAGGUAUGAAAGUGAGGCUGGUCGGUCACUAUCAAUUGACUUCUCAGGGUGCAUAGAAGAAUAUUUAGAACGAUCCUUGCAUUUCCUAAACCUAGAAGGUCCUCACACAGAUGAGAUGCAAGAAAGUGCGAACAUUCAAGGCAAUGCUCAAGGGGCUAAAAGUGAACAACAAGAAGAUUCAAAGCAAUGUAUGAGCACCGAUGGUAGCAGUGGGAGAAAUGAAAUCAAAGAUAUGAAAGAUGACAACCAAGAGUAUCAGACAGAAAAGGGGGAAGGCACUGUGAAAAAGCAAGACAAUGCCCAAGGGGAACAAAUAAACCAAGAAGACAGAGCUCAAAAAUAUCUCGGCAGCCAAGGUGGCAGUACGAGCAGUCAAAUCAAAAAUAUGUCAGAGAAUAGCCAAGACUAUCAGACACAAGAAAAAGAAGAGGCAAAAGAAGUUCCCGACUAUGAUGAUGCCAAUUCAAAAAAUGGAACUGGGAUAAUGCAAGUCCUUGUGGAGAUCCAGACAGAACUUGAUGAACGCCCCAGCAAGCUUACCUCACUCAAACUGGGUGGAAAGCUGCCAAAAUUCCCUGUUCAGUUAGUUACACAGAUGACUGGCAUUCAGAGGUUGUGCCUUUCAUCUACAGGUCUGUCUGGGAAAGAUAUUGUAGACGCCCUCAGUGUAUUGCCCAGCUUGAUUUAUCUAAAGCUGCGUGACGAUGACUUACGUCACCUCAACAUCGAAAAUAAGCAAUUUCCAAGCCUGCGACAUGUAUGCUUUUCGGUGAAAGAUGGCAAUCUGCCGUGCCCAACAUUUAUACAACAGUUCUGUAAUCUUCACGAAGUGUAUCUGCAUGCUAAUCUGGAUUACGAAGCAAGACGCCUCUGGAAAGAAGCUUCAGAGAGCCAUCCUGAGAGGCCGAGGAUUUUUUUCGCCGAAAGCAAAUAUGAGGGAACUUCAUCGGAAGCUGUGACCCAAAACCAGUAAUGAAGAUCUUCUGAGAGAUGAGGCAAAACUGUGUGCCCCUACAUGAAGAAUGAUUUCAGUUCCGAAGUACAGAAGGCAAAAAAAAAAAAAACGAAUCCCGGUUGGAUCUAUGUAGUUCAGUAGAGGGCAAGGUUUUCAUUUCCUCUUCACGGCAGGAUCCUGUCCUCGAAGCAGCAUAUGUAGGGUUUCUGCACAAGAAUUAUGGAGCCACUCUCCGUUUUGCUCCUCUCCAACGAAAAGAUCCUCUCAAACUGUCCAUUUUGAUGCGCCGACCAACCAGAAUGAUGCUUUUGUUCAGAUUUACUCUCCAAGUUCCUCUUAUUCAGUGUGUUGCCGGUGAUAUUAAACUUUAUCAUGUUGUUACAUUUACCUUAUCCAAAUUGCUUAUGCAUUAAUUUGCUAUCGUUGUAUGUCCUUCCAAAUCCAAUCUGUGAGAGUUGAACCUAGAUGGUGAGAUUGAACAUUCGCUUCGGCAACCAACUUUAUCUAGUUGAUGGUUGUUGUAUCGUCUGCAUUUGAAUGAACUGGUGUAGUGGACAUCUCA